AUGGCUGAGCAGGGGGAGGAAUGCUUGCCAAGUGAUGGAAGCUCGCCGCAAAUUGAUCAACCUCAGCUUUUACCUGGAAUUGAACAGCAUGGAGACGGAUUCUUCAUUGAAGACGGUCCAUUCCAAACUGUGGAGUUAAUAGAUGACCUACCAUCUGAAAUGGAAUAUGUGCAAUGUGAGGCAUUUGAUCAGAAUAUUUAUUUGGGUACCUCUACCGGUGACCUCCUACAUUAUUUCGAGAUCGAACCACGAAAUUACAUCCUUGUUUCCCAGACCAAGUUUGACUCCGAUCUAUCGGUUCCAAUUGAUAAGAUUUUACUACUUCCGAACAUUGAACGAGCGCUAGUGCUGAGCAACCAGACCUUAGUAUUGUUCCUCUUGCCCGAAUUCGCACCUGCUCCCAACACUCUAAGUUUAAAUGGCAUCACAGAUAUCGCACUUCGAGGCUACUCAAGCACUUCAAAAUCUUACAAGUUUUACGCUGCCCAAGCAGAGGCAAUUAAGCUUUUGAAAGUGUCAUCAAGCGCAAUAACGCUGUUUAGGAAUUUCGAUUUUGGAUCAGUGAGCAGAAUGGUCGCUCAGGGCCAUCAUCUUGCCGUUGCAAAGCAAAACAAUUAUGAGGUGCUUGAUCUCAAGACAUUCAAAGUUAUACCACUUUUUAGAGUCAGCGAAGUGAAUGCACCCCUGCGGCCUGUUGUGGCGGAAUUCAAGAAGCAGGAAUUUUUGGUCGCCACGGGCGGCGGUUCAUACAAUGACAGUUCGAUGGCGCUUGUAGUAAACCACAGUGGCGAUAUAGUGAAUGCAUCAAUCGUUUUGGAUAACUACCCCUCCAGCAUUAUUGUCGAAUAUCCCUACUUGAUCGUUAGAUUCAAGCCGAACCGAGUCUCCAUUUACAGACUCGAAGAUGAGUCGAAAAUAGUACAAAAGAUAACGACAGAAUCUUUGAAGGUACGGGUAGCGAAAACCUCGAAAAGCUUUUCUGGAUUCGAAAGGCCAGAGAUCAAAGAAAGCGUGGUUGAUAUGAUGAGGAGAGUUCCCCUGGUGGGAAACGCCAACCAGCUAAAGAUUGAAAACGAGAAAGCUUUGGUCGGAGAUUUAUUUGAGGAGAGGUGUUCUACAGUUCUCUAUGGCUCGUUCGGAAUACAUUUAUUGAUAAGGCCCCCUCCUGUACUAGUGUUUGGCGAGCAUAACGAACCAGGUAUGAGCGCAAUUGAAGAGUACUUAGUCCAAUCAGAUCAACCCUGGCAAUCGAAAUUCAGACUGUUAGAGAAUCAAUAUCUGCAUAGCCUUUUGCUUCUUUUGCAGGUCUUACACAGCCCAAAAAUUGACCUUAUACUGCUCAGGAAAUGGUGUUCGAUGGCGAAUACUGUCGAUGCACGGCUUCUGCUGUAUGGCUUAGGGUUCCAAAUUUACGGGACUUUAUGGAUUUUCAACGGUCUUAAGGAUCUGAUAGAGAGACUCAAAUCACUUAAAUUAUAUCACAAAUGUGACGAUUUGGAGUGGCUACUGCGAAGUAUCAAGAAUUUAUUCGAAAAAAACAAUGCUGAGAGAUCCAAUGGAGACUACCAGAACGUUGUGAAGACUUUAGACGUCAAUAUGUUCAAACUGAAACUUGAUAAGAAACAGAAUGAUAUCGAUAUUACCGUCUUCCACGAAGAUAGCCUAGCGGAAAUAAUGAAUAUAAUCGAGGCAGAUCAGAACGUUCGCCUUGACCUUCGCCUUCAGGUUAUGCAAAGAAGAGGAAUGUUUAAGGAGACAAUCGAACUUUUAAAGAAGGAAGGAGAAACUAAAAAACUGCUGAAGUUUCUGCAGGAAAGUGGAGACAAACUGCCGUCUUCAUACGGAUUACAGAUAAUAGACGAUGUUCUGUUUAUCAUUGAACGUGAACAACAAUUGAACAGGAAGUUGAUAUCUCAAACAAUUGAACUUUUAUCAACUUUGAAGAUUGAUCCUCGUGAACUUCUAGAGCGUGUCGAGAAAAAUGCUAGUGUUAAGGUGCUGAUAAUACAAGAAUUGGGACCUGAAGACGCUAAUGACAGACAAUUUUUGUUUGAUUACUAUAUGGCUAAAAUGCAAGAGUUCCUGCAAGAUAUUGAUGUUCAAAAAGUCUUAAAGGAUUAUGCUGAGACAUAUUCGCAAGACAUUUCGUACGCCAAAUGUACUGUUAAAGAAUUCUUCAUCAUUAAGCUCAAGAAUAAUAAAAGAUUCAGGCCCUUCUUAGAGAACUACGAGACGUUAGAAGCACUAUGCCUGGAAGAAAGCGACCUUUCGUUAAUGAAAUCAAUUCUCAGCAAGAUUGAGACCUUCGAUAUCGGCAAUAUAUUAACCAUAUUAUUUUUGCCCGAAGGCAAAGCAGCAAGGAAUUUUAUGACGAACGACAGGCUACUCGAGAUUUUCAUCACAUUCAAUGAUUUUAUGAGUAUUGAAGAACUCUUGAUGGGUGCUAACGUUAUCAGAGUUUUGGAGCACUAUGCAUCGUUCAGGAAGAGGCAGCAUUCUUUAGCUUUAGUCACUAAACUACUGGAAAGAAACGCCAAUCUAAUUCAGGACGAGGUCAUUCUCAUUUCGGUACUUGCUAAUCUUCCAUCAGACUACAAUUUUGAUGCCCUGUUUGGCUUCUUGUACCCGGUCCUCAGAAAAAUCAGCAGCCAAAGCAAAGAGCUAGAGCUUCUGAAGGUCCUGCUGAAGAAUCGAAUCUCAGCCUAUAAUCACUUUAUGGAGAAAAUCGACAUCAGGGAGACAGAAGGGUGA